AAUGACUGAGCUAGGAACGACAGAACCUUCUUGGAAGAAGAACACAAUACGUACUCACCAGUUCAACACGACUCAGGGGAAGUCCCUGCACAUCACGGUGACGCCUCACCUGGCAAAUGUGUCUGUCCGACUGCUCCUGAAGCAAGGGCAAGAACCAGUCCGGAUUGAUGAGUUCGACAGGAAUAUAACAUUACCGCUACCAGAUGACGCCGACCUGUACACCUUGUCGCUGGGCCAAACAGAAACCUUGACAGCAGAUAGGUGGACUUGGUUCAUACCUGGAAGUGACGUAGGGGAUUCCGUGGAGUACACGUACUACCUAGGGGUGCAGCACGUCCCGCUCACUGAAGGAGGCGAUGUAACCCCUUCGGUUUCUCCUGAGUAUCGCGGAGAGAACUUCACCUUGAACUACACAGUUGAAAUCUACUCCACCCAGUGUCUCUACUUCAACGAGGAAAUAGAAGACUUCAGAUCAGACGGCUGUCAGCCCGGUCCUCUCACCAACACCAGUCUGUCACACUGUCGGUGCGACCAUCUAACAGCGUUCGGGUCCGGCUUUCAAUUCUUCAUCGCGCCCAACAAACUCAACAUCCUCAAGGCGUUUCAAACACUGAACUUUAAGGAGAACCCAGUGGUUCUGAUCGCGCUCAGCGUUGUGGUUGGGAUCUACCUCCUCACUGUGAUCUGGGCCUGGCGGAAAGACAGACAAGAUUCAAAGAAGGUUGGGGCGACGAUUCUUCGCGGAGAUCAGAACGGUUUCAACGAUCACUUCUACCAGAUCAUAGUUCUGACUGGAUCGAGGUCUCAAUCCUCCACAUCUGCCAGGGUCUUUUUGACGCUGAUUGGAGAGGGGGGCAAGUCUGGCCCGCAUGAACUCGAGGACAAUAACCGCACGAUCUUCAGGGAGGGAGGAGUGGACACUUUCAUCUUGCCGACUAGUCGCCAUCUUGGAUCCUUGUACGCCGUGCACGUGUGGCACGACAACACAGGACCUUGUCCUUCAUGGUUUCUGGACAAAAUCAUUCUGCAAGAUCUUAGCGACGGCAAGAAGUACUCUUUCCUGUGCCAGAGAUGGUUAGCUGUGGAAGAAGGUGAUGGAAGGGUAGACUGCUUGCUCUCGUCAGCCACCGACAAACAAAUAUCAACCCUUAGCCAAGUCUUCAGUUCACAGACAUCCAAGGCCUUCAAUGAUGGCCACCUGUGGUGCUCAGUGGUGGGACGGCCUGCCUACAGCCCCUUCACCCGUGUCCAGCGCGUGUCCUGCUGCCUGUCAUUGCUGCUCUGCACCAUGGUCACCAACAUCAUGUUCUUUGGCCGGGAAGCUGACUUCAGCAAACCUCCUCCAGUCGACAUCCUUGGUUUUAAAGUGCAGAUCCCGAUAUCAUGGGCUCAGCUCAUGAUCGGCGUACAAAGUUGCCUCAUCAUUUUCCCCAUCAACCUUGUCAUAGUGGAGAUAUUCCGCCAUGUUGCAUCUCCCCCAGAGAAGAAAGCCAAAGAUCAAAAUAUUUCAAGUGAUUCUUCAACGUCUUCGGAUGUCAUUGAUGUUGAAGAGAUCGAGCUUCAAAAGGUUGACAAGGCCUGGGACUUUUACAGGCAACCAUACAGCGAUAACAAGAUGGCUGAGGACAAGAGAAAAGGAUGGAUUCUUCCGUGGUGGUGCGUUUUCAUAGCCUGGUUCCUGGUUUUUGCCAGCUGUUUCCUUUCUGCCCUGUUCACCAUCCUGUACGGGCAAGAGUACGGCCGGGAGAAGGCUGAAGCCUGGCUCUUCAUCUUCUUCACGUCCUUCUUCACGGAUCUCCUCAUCCUGCAGCCCGUGAAGGUGGUUCUGCUGGCAAUCGGGCUUACACUUGUGCUGAGGAAACCUCAUGACGAUGCAGAAAACCAGUCGCCAACGCUAGACUACGACGAAGUGUGCGCCUACCUGUCUACCAUCAAGGCGACUCCUGUGAAGAAAUGCCACGAAGAACCACCGGACUCGACCAAGCUAGCUGAAAUGCGGGUCCGCCGUUUUGUCGAGAUCAGCAUGAAGGGCGCCCUCUACGAGUUUGCGUUUUACUUCCUGUUCGUCCUGGUGUUAGCGGUCAUUGCCAACGGACCACGUGACACCGGCAUGUUCCACAUGACUCAGAAUCUUCGGCAAACUAUGAACAAUGGAGAUGAUUAUUCUUUUAAAAAGAUAAACGACGUUCAGAGCUUUUGGAACUUUAUACGAUACACGCUGACUCCUGCGUUAUACGGCAACCAGUGGUACAACGGUGACAGCAGGGAACCUGGUGGAUUUAUGACGGACAAGACGUCAUAUGUAGUUGGACCUGUCAGACUAAGGCAGCUGAGGGUGGCCAAAGAUAGUUCAUGCAAGUUGGCCGAGCCAGUUGAAGGUAUCUUCCUGGACUGCACCAAUGCGUAUUCCUACUUGACCCAAGACAGCAGCAGCUAUGGGAUGGGUUGGUCGGAGACACCUCACGCAAAUGCAAGUUCACUGGUGCAAAAUGAAACCAAUCCUUGGGUGUACCGUCAUUCUGCAGAUAUCCCAGUAGUAGGAACACACUCCACCUAUUGGGAUGGGGGCUACUACGUUACACUCGCCAACACCACGCCCACCGCCGUCCUCGCCACCGUGGCACAGCUGGAGCCCAGCGGCUGGAUCGAUCGGUACACCCGAGCCGUUUUCAUCGAGAUGACGAUCUACAAUCCCCACGCCAACCUGUUCUCCGUGCUGAAUCUGCUGACUGAGUUUACUACCGUAGGGAACGCCUAUCCCCGUGUGGACAUCACGACAGUCCGUCUCUACCGCUUCCAGACCAUCUGGGCUUGGGUUGUGGUCGGCUUCGAAGGAGUCUUCAUCAUCUUCACCUUGUACUUCGCUUUCAGGGAAUUGGACUAUAUCGUGAAGCUACGGAGCUUGUACUUGAAGACGUUCUGGGGCUGUGUAGAGCUGAGUUUGGUGACCCUGUCUCUAGCAGAGGUCGGGGUCAUGCUGUACACAUUGUACAUCGUCCUCGAGUUCCAGUCAAAGCAAGGAACAAACACGGGACCAGUUGAGAGAACAUUUGAGAAGUACCGCAGGGCUGCGUACUGGGACCAGAUCAACACGUACGUGCUGGGCUGCUUGGUUUCUGUGGGAACACUCAAACUGCUGCACCUCCUGCGGUUCAACAAACACGUUGUUCUCGGCGCAGACACCAUAAAGAAGGCAGCCGGGCCACUAUCCGGGUUCUUCUUGAUUUUUACCCUAGUAUUUAUCGCUUUUGCGAUGUUUGCCGCUCUCGUCUUCUGCACUACGGAGGAAGGAUUUUCGCCCUUCGUCGCCACGCUGGAAACGAUGCUCACGAUCUUGCUGGGAAAGUUCUAUGAGAUGUCAGACCGGGACAGGAUCAUGGGACCGCUCUUCACCUUCACGUUCAUCACGUUCUUCCAGUGGAUCCUUAUCACCAUGGUUGUUGCUAUCAUUGACGUCUACAGUGGCUAUACUGGGCUGUACUACCGUUUUUCCUGUCCCAGUAACGGUUGCCGGUUGUCCAUUGACUCCUCGGAGGGCAGCGAACAACUCUAUCUAGAUGGUUACGUACUAGGGGACUCACAGAAGAUCAUCUUCCCUGGCCCAAGAGACACUGAUAAACAUGCCAGGAUGGAGGCAACAUUGCCUGAGGACCUAACGAACUUUACUCUAUGUGUGCACAUGCGCUCCAACAUGUCCUCCAGCAACAAAAUCAGCUUGUUAUACGUACAAAACAUAUAUGUGCUAAUGGCAGACCCACCUGUGUGGGAUGGUGAGUGGCACGCUAUAUGUACUACCUGGCGCAGCAGUGAUGGAGCUUGGCAACUCUACGCUGACGGCGCGCUGGCGGACUCUGGCUCCGGGUUUAACGUGGGAGGGAGAGUGGGCAGAGGCGGCACAUGGAUCCUGGGACAGGAUCAGGACGAAGUUGGCGGAGGAUUCGUCGCAGAACAAGCGUUCACCGGUGAACUGUCGGAAGUGAACCUCUGGGACCGCGUGCUGUCUCCAGCUGAAAUAGGAGCGGACUGGGCGGCGUUCUGUAAUUACCAUGGCAACGUCAUUGACUGGGAGACAACUCGCAUCGCAAUCUUCGGAGAGACCAGGAGGGAAGAGUAUCAAUGCAGUAAGUAG